AUGAGAGGUUUGGUUGGCCCUGAGCGGAAUCGAACUAGCACCGUGCUCGUGAUAACUAACAUUACUACCACUGUACUAUCCAUCCCUUUUUUGGUAGUUAUACUAGUUGAAGUGGAAACUCGUCUUGGAAAGAUCACAGGACAAGAGUCAAUAUUUCUCUACAAAAGGGUGCGAUCUUUUUUGAGUGUUCCCUACGCCGAACCACCCAUUGGACAGCAGCGAUUUCGACCGCCAAAACCAAAAAAACCGUGGAAUGAGACGAUCGUAGCAAAUACACUGUCGCCAGCAUGUUACCAAGGGCGAGACAUGUAUAAUACGUCGUUCUGGGGAUCAGAAAUGUGGAAUCACAACACUCCUGUCAGUGAAGAUUGCCUUUAUCUUAACAUUUGGACUCCAGGAGAAGCAUACAAUCUCACCGUCAUGGUGUGGCUCUUCGGUGGCGGUUACUACUCUGGAAGUCCGUCGUUGAUUCUCUAUGAUGGAAAGGCCUUAGCAUUGCUGGGUAAUGUAAUAGUAGUUAAUGUCAAUUACCGAGUUGGUCCGUUUGGAUACCUCUUCAUGGACGACGAUGAGGCGCCCGGUAACGUCGGAAUGCUCGAUCAGCAACUGGCGUUGUACUGGAUUCGUGACAACAUCUUCAACUUCGGUGGUAAUCCGAGCCGGAUCACAUUGUUUGGAGAGAGUGCCGGCGCAUCCAGCAUCGUCGCUCAUCUUAUAGCUCCUGGAUCAGAAAAUUUAUUCAAAAACGGCAUCCUGCAAUCUGGAAGCUUGGAUAAUAAGUGGUCAAUGGAUACCCCAAGUAGAGGACUGGAUAAAAGCAAACAGUUGGCAAAUCUCGUCGGCUGCAAUAGGACGAAAGUUCGUGAACAAAUGAUUUCGUGUCUUCGUUCUGCUCCAGCUCAGCUUCUAGUCGACAACAUUUGGAACCUCAAUCUCAGCUUCAUCGAGUUUCCUUUCGUCAUCGUAUCCAGAGAUCGAAACUUUUUUCGACAUAAAGAUGGAUUUACAUCGUUAAGGAACGGAGAGUGCGCCCAUCACGUGAAUUUGAUGAUCGGUAUUAACCAUGAUGAAGGAAAUUUCUGGAACAUCUACAAUCUUGCCAACUAUUUCGACAAGUCCGAGCAGCCGGAACUAAGUCGAAAUGAGUUUCAUGACUGCAUCGAAAGAGCGUUUGCCUCUCAACCUGAGCUGGUUAGGAGCGCUGCAAAGCACGUUUACUCGGAUCCGAACUGCACCGAUCCAAACAAAAAGUCACAGUUCUACGCUGAACAGGUUAAUCAGAUGGUAGGCGAUUACUUUUUCACUUGUGAUAGCAUUUGGCUGGCCGAUCAAAUCAGUCGGUAUGACGGCCACCAUGGUCGUGUCUACAUCUAUUACUUCGAUCAGCCUUCGAGUGCUAAUCCGUGGCCGAAAUGGACCGGCGUAAUGCAUGGUUACGAGAUUGAAUAUGUGUUUGGAGUGCCGAUUUACAACGAAACCGCCGGCUACACAAAGGCAGAGCAGUUGCUGUCAAAGAAGGUCAUCCAGUACUGGAGUUCCUUUGCUGCUACAGGUGUUCCACGAUUAAAGGACUCUAAAUCAACCGAUGUUUGGCCCGAAUAUGACGGUAUCAACAACACGAGGUGGAUGCUGUUGAAAGGCGGUUCUUAUUUGAAACCAAUAGGUGCGAGGAAAAAAGUCGAAUGUGACCUAUGGAGACACGCGAAGGACAUCGAAUACAACUCGUACGGUACGUGUGUUACCACCCAUUGCAAAAAACUAUCCUAUGAUUGUCGGUUGUCUGUAUUCGUGAAUUCCAGUGGCCAAACUUCGGUUCUCGUCUGCUACCAAGAUUUCGUUGCUGUCGUCAAUUUUCGUUCUGGUGCUCUUAUAGUACAUUAUUUUAGCUACCAUGGAGGAGUCACCACAUCCUUUUAA